UCCGGCGACGUUCUAUCCGCUGCCGGCCUCCUCUCUCGACUCUCCCCUGUUCCCCAGUUGCAGACAUGGCCGCCGCGACGCCCCUCUCUCCUGAGGAGCUGCUGUUGCCCAAGGGCGGCACAAGCAAGGCUGAGGAACUGGAGGAGGACGACGAGGAGUUGGAUGAAACGUUGGCAGAGAGACUUUGGGGGUUGACAGAGAUGUUCCCCGAGAGCGUUCGGUCUGCAGCUGGAACUACCUUCGACUUGUCCCUCUCUGUAGCCCAGAAAAUGUACAGAUUCUCCAGGGCAGCUUUGUGGAUUGGAACCACUUCCUUCAUGAUCCUGGUUCUUCCUGUUGUUUUUGAAACAGAGAAACUGCAGAUGGAGCAGCAGCAGCAAAUGCAGCAAAGGCAGAUUCUCUUAGGACCCAACACAGGGCUAUCUGGAGGGAUGCCAGGUGCCCUGCCUUCUCUUCCUGGAAAAAUUUAGUGAAACUACACUGGAACCAUAUCAUGGAAGGAAAUCUGUAAAUCAUUUGUUUGAACUGUUGAUUAGUUAGUAUGGGGCUUUUCCCCCUUUAAACCUCGGGAUGUCAACUUAUUCGCAAUGGAGGCAGAACCCACAUCUGGAUCUCCUGAAAUGGGUUAUCUUCCUUCAUUUUUAGGCAGUCAUGACUUUUCCAUCCCCCUUGUCCAUGUUGCAACCACUGAAGACUUUGGAAGCUUCUGGUUUUGAAUCCUUACCUCCAGAAAGUCGCUUCAGGACAUGUUGGAUUCCAACUAACUGUAGCCAGUAAUGUCAGUGUAAAUAGUCUUGUUUCUCUCCUGAUGUAUCCAAGAUCUAUUUCAGAGCAGUGACAGCAAGAAAUGGGAUGAACAUGCCAGCAAUUACAGCAUAUGAAAGAAUCUAGAAUACAGUAGAUUCUGUAGUGUGAGCUGCUUGAAGACAAAUUACGUGCCCUGCAAUGUUUUAUGUUUGAAAAAUGAGAAGCAGGAAAAGUCAUUUUUGCCAAGUCUGUCUGUGCUGAAUCUAUUAGUAUCAAAAUUGGCUACAACACUUUUGUAUUAAAUAGCUUCAGUGCAA